CCGCGCGGCGGGCGGAGCGAGCGGCGGCGGGCGGGGCCGCGGCAGUGCGUGUGCGCGGUGCGCGCGGCGCAUGCGCGGUGGGCGCGGCCGGGCCGUGUGAGCCGGGCCCGUCCCGCCGUGCGCCCCCGGCCCGGCCCCGGCUCCAUCCGUUUCCCAUCUCUCCAGGAUGAGAGAGGCUUGGGCCCGGCUCUCCCCCUCUCCCUGUAGUUGAUAGUUUGGGAAGCAGAGGUGAUGCUGGAGUCGAGAUGGCCGACAGCGUGAGAAUCUUCCUUCAUGACCUCGUCAGGGGAAUUAAGGACUCCAUCUGGGGCAUCUGCACCAUCUCCAAGCUGGAUGCCCGGAUCCAGCAGAAAAGGGAAGAGCAGAGGCGGAGGAGAGCCAACAGCGCGCUCGCCCAGCGGAGGUUUCACAUGGAAGAGAAGAAGCAAGAGAAUGAACCCCGGAUAGUGAGCCGGAUAUUUCAGUGUUGUGCCUGGAAUGGAGGCGUCUUCUGGCUUAGUCUCUUCUUGUUCUACCGAGUGUUCAUCCCCGUCCUUCAGUCGGUCACGGCGCAGAUCAUCGGUGACCCUUCCUUACAUGGUGAUGUCUGGUCCUGGCUGGAGUUCAUCCUCACCUCCAUUUUCAGCGCUCUCUGGGUCCUGCCCCUCUUUGUGCUCAGUAAGGUGGUCAAUGCCAUCUGGUUUCAGGACAUCGCGGAUCUGGCGUUCGAAGUGUCGGGCAGGAAGCCUCACCCCUUCCCCAGCGUCAGCAAGAUCAUCGCUGACAUGCUGUUCAACCUGCUCUUGCAGGCACUUUUCCUCAUCCAGGGAAUGAUCGUGAGCCUGUUCCCCAUCGACCUCAUUGGGCAGCUGAUCAGCCUCCUGCACAUGUCGCUGCUCUACUCGCUCUACUGCUUCGAGUACCGCUGGUUUAACAAAGGAAUCGAAAUGCACCAACGGUUGUCCAACAUCGAGAGGAACUGGCCCUACUACUUUGGCUUCGGCUUGCCCCUGGCAUUUCUCACAGCCAUGCAGUCCUCCUACAUCAUCAGCGGUUGCCUCUUUUCCAUCCUGUUCCCUCUCUUCAUCAUCAGCGCCAACGAAGCCAGGACCCCCGGCAAAACCUACCACUUCCAGCUCCGUCUCUUCUCCUUGGUGGUUUUCCUCAGCAACAGACUCUUUCACAAGACCGUUUACCUUCAGUCCGCCCUGAGCGGGGCUUCCUCCUCCCCCUCCUCCUCCUCUUCCUCCUCCUCUUCGCCCUCUCCUGCCAAACACGCGGCUGCUCCGGGGCACUGAGCUGCCCCCAGAGCCCGGGGAGGGGGGACCCCCACGGGCUUCUGCGCCCCCGAUCUCCAGGGACAGGCAGCACCCAGCCCCACGAGGUGUCACUGUCAGUUCUGCAUCUCCCCCUGGAAAGUUUUUUCGGGGAGAACCUGGGUUUUUAACACCUUUGUGAGUUUCCAGGAGCCGGGUUGUGCCCUGCGUUUGUUUUAUAGUGGACUCUUUUGUACGCCUUUCCCGUGCCAUCUCCCAGCCUCGGGCCGGUGGGUGGGAACGCCGUCGCCCCGUUUUGCCGUUGUGUCCCUCCCGUGUGUCCCCCGUGUCCCCUCGUCCCCUUCCCGCUCCCUCCAUCUCCCCUAACUCAGGUCGUGGGAGGGGGGCGGGCAUUUCCGGGAGCUCCCGCUGCCGUCGAGCACAGCGUCCCCCUCCCGUGCAUGUACCGUUUCUGUCGGGUCGGGGAACGAACCGGUGACGUUCAAACCCCUUUGGAUAUUUCGGGCCGGUUUAUCAACUUUUCUCUAGUAUUUUCACACUGAAACAUUAAACGGAGAAACCACGAUUCUCA